AAAUUAAAAAUAAAUUUAAUACAAUAACAACAACUACAGCAAUACAACAAUAAAAAAUAUUUGUCAUCAUCACCAUUAAUAACAAACGCGAUCAACAUCAUUAUCAUCAUCAUCGUUGUUGUGAUCGAUAGCAAUAUCGACCGACGUAAACGAUGUCAGGUCGUCGUGCUCAAUCGUUGCCGGCCCAUAUGCUCGAACCGGCAAAACCAGAGCGUGGUCGAUGCGUCACAGCCAUCUGUUUUUCGUGGAAAGUAAUCACUUGUAUUGUUUCGCACGUGACAUUGGUUUUGUUGGUGGUUUCUUAUUGUGUUGGCGGUGCUUAUUUAUUUCAACAUUUGGAGCGGCCCCAUGAAAUUGAGGUUAAAAAAGGCAUACAUAACUUACGACUAAAUCUAACCGAUAAAAUCUGGAAUCAUUCCGUUAAUCUAAGCGUUUUAAACGAUGUAACCUGGACUAAUGAGGUUAAGGACGAUUUACAAUUGUUUGAGAAACAAAUACUAACAGCGAUAAAAACUAAUGGCUGGGAUGGCGAUGAAGAUGUUACAAAAUCACAAUGGACAUUUGCUGGAUCAUUAUUUUAUUCGAUUAUAGUUAUAACAACCAUUGGUUAUGGACACAUUUCACCACGUACAGAUUGGGGUAAAGUUACAACAAUAUUUUAUGCCAUCGUUGGUAUACCACUUAUGCUUCUAUGUCUUUCCAAUAUUGGUGAUGUUAUGGCCACUUCGUUUCGUUUCAUAUAUUGGCGGGUUUGUUGUUAUGUUUGUACACGAACGUCGAAAAAAUCACGUGCUAGAACGCGACAACGUUCCGUCAAAGGUCAUCGUUAUUCAUCACGUUCUCAGCCGCCUCCUUUUCGCAGAUCAAUUAAAAUGUCACAGAGAUCAGGGCAUGGUGAUAAUAUGGGAGGUGGUCUGCAGCAUGCAUACUCUGAUCCAGAGUUGAGAAGCGCUGGCCGAAAUGAUUAUGAUCGUGAUUUUGAAUAUGAACGUCCAACAGAUCGCCGCAUGCAUAGAGCUGAUGGUCGGGGUGGAGGUGAUCGUCGACGUGAAAGGGAACGUGAACAUUUAAUGAAUAUGGCACCACCACCAACCAGAGGUAGUAGUCGUUAUUUGCCACCAUAUGAAGACGCGCACUAUUUUCCCGAAGAAGGUCCUUCCUAUACACAAACCCUUAAUAGGGGAGCACGUUUCAGUAGUCGUCAAAGGAAUCGUGAACGUAUGCGUGAUCGUCAUACUGUGGAAAGAGAACGUCAUUUAAGUAGAUCAAAACAGCAGUUUGAUUCUAUGGAAGAGCUAGACGAUUUGCCGCCUACUAAAAGAGCCAUGAGUGUGCGUUCGGUAAGAACACCAAAUCUUAGAAGAGAUGAAAUUUCUCGAGAAAGUCGUGAAAUUAGAGAAUUAAAUCGUUUAAAUUCACAUCACAAUAUGCCCAGAGGUAAAUCCAUGCCAAACUCAAAUGCUCGAACAAGAGCAAAAUCCGUCGAUCCACGUCUAACGGCUGCCCAGUUUGAAGAAGUAGAUGAGGAGGUUGUACGCAAAACUCCCAUCAUAUCAAAUCGUUAUGCCAUUGUUGAAAUGGAACAUCGUGAGUCGAGAAAUAAAUCGUAUUUAAGAAGUCAAUCUAUGCCCAGAUCUGCUAUGCACAAAAACAAUUUAAAUCAUGCACCACACUCCAGACACUACGACGAUGAUAUGACCAAUCAUGUUAACAAUCACCAGGGAAAUCAACGUCAUCAACAGCCUAGAAGAGGCAGUUUAGGUAGACAGACCUCAUUGGGACCGCCAGUAACAAAUUCACGAUACGGCAAUCAUUUAGAACUGCCCGAGUUAAGCAAUCAUCGUGGGCAACGCAUGAAAAGAGGUGUUUCUCCCAGACGUCAUGACAUCUAUGAGGAAGAUUAUGAUGAGUCAUUCUUAGAGGAACCAGAAGAGCAUAUACAUAUGAGUCGCAGAGGUAGGGAUUAUGAUGAUAUGGAAUAUUAUUCACCCAGAUCAUCGAGUCAUCGUAAGAGAAGUCCUCGUAAGGAAAAACAAGAACGUUUGCCGCCCUCACCACGCAUUAUGUCACCCAUGGGCUUUGCGGUUAAAAGACAAGUACGAAGACGUCCUAGUUUCGAUUAUGAGGAUGAUUCCCAAUAUGGCGAUGAAUGGAGUGAUUAUUAUGGUGAUAUAUCACCCAAAGAUCGUCCUGUGCCUAUAUGGCUAUGUGUUUUUCUUGUUAUCAGUUAUAUAUUGGGCGGAGCAGCUUUAUUUGCCUACUGGGAAGAGUGGUCUUUUCUAGAUUCAGCCUACUUUUGUUUUAUAACUUUAACAACAAUAGGUUUUGGUGAUUUUGUACCCGCUAAAGGUGUCAAAGAUGAAUCAGAACAAUCUAUAGCGUAUUGUUCGUUAUAUUUACUCUUUGGCAUAGCUUUAUUAGCCAUGAGUUUUAAUUUAGUACAAGAGGAGUUUAUAGCAAAUGUUAAAGAAGUAGCCAGACGUUUGGGUAUUUUAAAAGAUGAAGAUGAUGAAGAGGAAUAAAAGGACACCAAAUAUAGUUAUAGAUUUUUUUUUUUGUUUUUGUUAAUUUAUUUAUGUGUAUUAAAAUAUGUAUUUAUUCAGCUUUUAUUUACAACUAUAUAUGUACAUCAAGCAUUUAAAGAAACAAAACUUAGUUUGAACUUGAAAAGAACAUAUAAAGAGAAAAAUUUGUAUUUUUUUCCAUAAAGAUACAGUUUUUUUUUUUAAAGUGCAAUAAAAUUAAAAAUAAAACAA